AUGGGCAAUGUAAAAUAUACUCACUUUUCUUUCGUAGUUUACGCAGCUCGAAAUUUACAGCCAAGGAAAGGAGCAGGUACGUCGAUGUGUCUUCCGUAAUCAAUGCGAGCCCUUUUCGCGAAGGUUUCCAUGUUGUUAAUUUAAUAUCGUGCUGUAAUCUUUCAGGAGUAUGUACUGCAUCGGUUAUUUUUGGCAUUGGCAAGCAAAAAUAUCGCACAGAGGCAGUGCGAGAUAACGAUCCCACUUGGAAUGAGGAAACUACAAUGUGAGUGUAAUGUUUCUUGUUUUUUUCUUUAAAAAUAGGAAUGUCGGGGUAUUCAUAUCAUCAAGUUUGUGUUCAUUUCUAUUAAGGAGAAAAUUAUGAUGGAAUAUUCGAAAAGUAGUCCUACAAAUCAAUAAAAACAGGAGCCAUUAAGGUUAUGGGCUCCUGAUAAAAAGCAAUACUUCUGUCUGAAAUAUAAGAACCGUCGUUUUUAAUCGCGAUUGAGUAGUCAAAAUAAAUAGUGCUAAAAUAAAUCGUGCUUUUCUUAUGUAAAUCAAUAAUGGAAGGUUUAUGCUAAGCAAACAAUGCAUUUUCACACCUUAACCAGUUUUUAUCAAAGGGAAAGGAGUUGCAAAUUGUUAUUUUUUUUUGUAAAUGUAAGCUCUGCGUUUCUAAGUAACUGGCUUAUUUUCGGUUCAGUCAUUUAUCCUUGCUGCGAUGCUAGGCGAGAACUUCGUAUUUAUCAGGAACUAGAAUGGAGAUUUAUGGGACUGUAUCUGCUUCUAUUAUCUAUUCCUGUACUAUUUGCGUUAAUAAGAAACAUCUGCCUUCAAAUUUUGGUCUUUUAAAAUAAGCGGGCAGUGAUUACGGAUUUUUGUGAUCUUUUGGAAUUAAUUAUGGAGAGGAUCGAGGAUUCAUUAGUAAUGCUGGAUAGUAACAUCCUCCAAUUACUCCUAAGUUGAACUGGAGACGAUUUUAUUUCCAAAUUUCCUCAUAACAAUUUGUGCUUAGAAGAUUCAAUGACGUUCACCCCCCCCCCAAAAAAAAUACAAAAAGAAAAACAAAAAAACAGUGGAAACGAAAUUAUUGACGUAACAUAUUUAAAAUUUUGCAAGAAAGAAGGAUAAAAGAGCCACGACACAAUUAAAGCUAAAGAACACGUUGAUCGCCAUUGGGUGACGUUACUUUAUGCAAAAUAGUCUAAAGUGUUGAUUUGUUGGAAAGGAGCGAGAGCGGGGGAGAGGGAGGGGGGAGAUCGGCAAAGUUAGCUCUUUGGUUUAGCUGUCGCUCCUAAAACAUAUCCAAAGAAACGCGCCUCAAUUUAUUUAAGCGUUAAAGAUAAGCACAUCUUAGUUCUCCUCAGUUAGUUUAUUUGCCAAAUUGAAUACAGUUUCUUUUAAGUAUAUCCAUAUUACUGACAUCUAAGGUAAAAAAAUCAUAGGAAAAAAUUAUCGAAGACAAGACGAUCUUUUCUGAAAACACGAAUUGUAUGUAUAUCUAGGAGAUCAUCUUUUUAUUUUGUCUCUUCUCUCAGAAAAGUUUCCAAACCAGCUGCAUUGAUAUUCACAGUGAUGGAUCGAGAAGACUCCCUUGGCACAGUCAGUUUGCCGCUUGCACAAAUCCCCUCCGUGGCUCAUCGUCGCCGAUGGAUUCCGUUGACGAGAAAAAAUUCCCAAGCUAUGGGCGACUUGUGCAUCGAUUGUUGGGUUCUUUCCUUCAAGAAGGCAGGAGAGGGGAGUAAAUGGAAUUCCAUAAUACCUUUAAAGGGUCGCAAGGGAGGAGGCGGGCGAGAUCGCUCCAAACGAAGAGCCUCGAUUGAAGCUGCUUCUAUUUCUAAGAAUGGAUCAAGGUCGAUCGAAAAUUUAUACUCCAAGCCUGAGCUUAAAGUUGACCGUAAUUUGGACAAUACAAACCCCUUUAAGACUAGUGACUCUGGAUUGUCAAGUCCCAGUCUGUCUCGUAAUUCAUCGUCCAGUGCCACAAAUUUAGCGUCCCUUUCUUUGUUCAAACCGCGUCUCGCCCCCACCUUAGGUCAGGUGCUGUCCUCCAGUCGUGCUCCGGAGAUUACGGGACUCUCUCCAAAAUCUGGUCCUUCGUCUGGAGGCACACGGAUCACAGUGCGCGGUUGCAACCUGGGCACCUCAAAAGAAGAUAUAGCAUAUAUAACUGUCUGUGGCUGUGAUCUGUAUUCCACACUUGAAUACCACAGUCCAGCCAAGCUUGUGGUUGUAACGAAAGCUUGGAAUGGCUCCGGACCUGUUGUGUUGCAGACGAAGUCUGGUGGACGUGGUACAUCGACUCUCGAUUUUAAAUUUCAGGAUAAAGCUUCAGGUGAAUAGCUACAUAGGUAGCCAUUGAUUUAGCUUAUAAUUGUUGUUGUUGUUGGUUUUGAAAACUUAAAUAUGGCAAGGGAUCGGCACACGAUACCAUGAAACACGUUUUGUACGAAUGUACUGAAAAUUCUUAAAAUCCCUUUUACCAGGAUACGCGCGCAUAAUAGGUGCCAGAUGAAAUCAGAAAUUAAAACUUAUUUUACUUCUCAUGACACCAAUGCUAAUGACAAAGACCUUAACUAGGACAGAGAAGUUAAUUUCGCAGAAGUCACAACUUUGGCUUGUUCGUGGAAAACUCUCCAGGAGCUUAUCAAUAUCAAAAGGAAACGUUUUCUUCUUUAUUGCAUUCUACGACCUCUUUAGUUACUUCGUUGGUUUUUUAGAAGCUCUCUAAAUUUCUUAGAUUUUGCUGAAUCAGCGACUUUCUCCUUCGUGUGAAUUGAUAUUUUUGCCGUCACAAAAUGAGUUAAAUUUAGUUUUACUUCUUUCGCAUUGUGUGGACAAAUCGUGCGAUGCGAAAAAUUAGCAACAUUAUCAAAAAAAUUUGCGCAACUGCGCUCAAUCGUUUACAUUUCUGUGGUGGAAUAUAUAUUUUCAUAACCUCGAAAUGGAAUUUAUGACGAAUCCUCUUCCUAAGUGCUGAGCUUCAAAGUAGCUGUAUAAUAUUCAAAAUAUAGAUUGUGCGGGUAAAUCACACAUUGUUAUGGCAACCAACUAUGACAUCACACCAGAAAACAUCUUCAAGUUCACUGAAACAAUUUCGUCCAAACUUCUUAAGAAUCAGUAGUAUACCUACUCAAAGAAUUUAAGUUCCGAAACAGGUCAGACAUAAAUCAAAUUGUAAAUUGUCGAUUUUCACUUUUGAACGAAGAGAAUAAUUUAAAAUGUGUUCAGUGUUGGACAAACUGAUUCAUUUUCUCGGCUUUUAUACCUUGAUCGAUAGCGUCAAGCAAAGAUUCAAGCAAGAAAGACAAAGCCUCAAGAGCUGACCUUUUAACAGAAAUAACACACCUCAGAGAGGAAAUUGAUGGUAAGGUUAUUCUCUACAAUUGAUACAGUAACCAAUGGUCCUUGCAUUGGACUUAAAGGAAUUUCAUUUAUUAAACUAUUUCAAAAGUCUCAAUUGACAGAUAUUAAUUAAGUUUGGGUUAAAACAUAAAUUGCUCGAGUUUUCUAUUUUUUUUUUCAGAUUUGGCUGACGAGAAUCGUUCAAUGAAGAAAUACAUAGAUAGACUAAUGACGAUUCUCAUGGAAAAGUUUCCAGAAGUACUAGAAAAUUUAGGUUCUUCUGUCCACUGA